AUGGGUUUCGGCACAAAGCUGUGUAAAUGGCUUAGGUUCUGUUACUCAACCUCAACCUUUUCUGUGUUAAUUAAUGGCUCACCAUUUGGAUACUUUUCUAGUUCUCGUGGAGUAAGACCAGGUUGUACAGUCUCGCCGCUACUCUUCAAUAUAGCCAUGGAAGGUUUUUCUAGAUAUAUGGAUAGAGCGUCAAAUAUUCGUCUUUUCAGUGGUUUCUCAGUGUCUCCUACUGGCUUAAAGGUUACCAAUUCGAAAACACGGCUUAUAGCAAUUGGAGAUGUACCUGAGAUAUCACUUUGGGCUUCAGAAUUAGGAUGCGCCACUGACAAUCUACCAUUCAUGUACUUGGGCAUGCCAUUGGGAGCAAAAACAAAUUCUAAGCAAAUUUGGAAUACCAUUAUUGAGAAGUUUGAAUAG